UGUCCCAUUGCUUCCAUUUCAUAGCUAACUCUUUGUUAUACUGAACUUGCUCUUCUUUGCUUCUUUCUCGUUUUAAUUUCAUGUCUUGCUCAUAACGAUAACUUGAAAGCCUUACGUUCAGAUAGAUAAUCAUUGACCAGUUCAUCCUAUAUUAUUCUGUUUAAUUUCGAAAUGCAGAAGGAAAAACGCAAGCAAUCCAAAGAUGAAGAAGACGAUUCAUCCUCGCGAAAGAGAAGAAAAGCUGACCUCAGUAAGCCUGUCAGUUUUGUCUCCACAGAGCCAGAGUCUUCUCGAUCUAGACCAGAAGGGGCCUAUGAUGUCUUCUUGAGUUUUAGAGGAGAAGAUACUCGCAAGACAUUUACAGAUCAUCUCUACACUGCCUUAGUCCAAGCAGGAAUCCACACUUUUCGAGAUGAUGAUGAACUUCCGAGGGGAGGAGAAAUCUCCGAUCAUCUCCUCAGAGCAAUUCAAGAAUCAAAGAUAUCCAUAAUUGUCUUCUCAAAAGGAUAUGCUUCUUCUAGAUGGUGUCUCAACGAACUUGUAGAGAUUCUUAAGUGCAAAAACAGGAAAACCGAUCAGAUUGUUCUUCCUAUAUUCUAUGACAUUGAUCCUUCAUAUGUGAGAAAACAGAAUGACAGUUUUGCAGAAGCAUUUGUUAAACAUGAAGGGCGUUUUGAAGAGAAGUUGGUGAAGGAGUGGAGAAAAGCUCUUGAGGAGGCUGGAAAUCUAUCUGGAUGGAAUCUCAAUGAUAUGGCAAAUGGGCACGAAGCAAAAUUUAUCAAAGAGAUUAUCAAGGAUGUGUUGAAUAAAUUAGAUCCCAAGUACUUAUAUGUUCCUGAGCACCUAGUAGGUAUGCAUCGGCUUGCUCACGAAAUUUUUGACUUUCUAAGUACUGCAACAGAUGAUGUACGCAUUGUGGGCAUACAUGGGAUGCCAGGAAUAGGAAAGACUACUCUAGCAAAAGUUGUCUUUAAUCAACUCUGCUAUGGAUUCGAGGGAAGCUAUUUUCUUUCGAAUAUCAAUGAAACAUCAAAACAAUUUAAUGGUGGUCUUGUUGAUUUACAAAAGCAACUUCUUCAAUAUGAUAUUUUAAAACAAGAUGUUGCUAACAUCAAUUGUGUCGAUAGAGGAAAGGUUCUGAUCAAAGAACGACUUUGUCGCAAAAGAGUUCUUGUUGUUGCUGAUGAUGUGGCUCAUCUGGACCAGCUAAAUGCUUUGAUGGGAGAGCGAAGUUGGUUGGGUCCCGGAAGUAGAGUAAUUAUUACAACAAGGGAUUCAAAUCUUCUUCGUAAAGCAGAUCGAACAUAUCAGAUUGAAGAAUUGACACAAGAUCAGUCCCUUCGGCUAUUCAGCUGGCAUGCCUUUAAGGACACCAAGCCAGCAGAAGAUUAUAUUAAGCUUUCCAAGGAUGCAGUUGAUUACUGUGGAGGACUUCCUUUAUCUCUUGAGGUUAUAGGAGCUCUUCUGUACGGGAAAGAAAAAGAUAGAUGGGAAAGUGAAAUUGACAACUUGAGCAGAAUCCCAGAAAGCAAUAUUCAAGGAAAGCUUUUAAUAAGUUUUGACGCACUGGAUGGUGAACUACGAAAUGCAUUCCUUGAUAUUGCAUGCUUCUUUAUUGAUGCAGAGAAAGAAUACGUAGCAAAACUGCUAGGAGCCCGUUGCCGUUACAAUCCAGAAGUUGUUUUGGAAACUCUCCGUGAAAGGUCUCUGAUUAAAGUAUUAGGAGAGACGGUAACCAUGCAUGAUCUAUUACGAGACAUGGGAAGGGAGGUCGUUCGUGAAUCGUCUCCAAAAGAACCUGGAAAGAUGACCAGAAUUUGGAAUCAAGAGGAUGCCCGGAAUGUGCUUGAGCAGCAGAAGGGUACGGAAGUUGUAGAGGGUCUUAAACUGGAUGUCAGAGCAUCAGAAGCUAAAUCACUGAGCACAGGAUCAUUUGGAAAAAUGAAAUGCUUAAAUUUACUCCAAAUCAAUGGAGCACAUCUCACCGGGUCCUUCAAACACCUUUCUAAAGUGUUGAUGUGGAUUUGUUGGCAUGAUUGUCCUUUAAAAUAUUUGCCAUCUGAUUUUCCCUUGGACAAUCUAGCUAUUCUUGAUAUGCAGUACAGUAACCUCAAAGAACUAUGGAAAGGAAAAAAGAUUCUCAACAGGCUAAAAAUCUUUAAUCUCAGUCAUUCUCAGAAUCUUAUUAAAACACCAAAUUUACACAGUUCAAGUCUAGAGAAAGUAAAGCUGAAAGGUUGCUCGAGUUUAGUUGAGGUCCAUCAAUCUAUUGGAAAUUUGACUAGCCUCGUUUUCUUGAAUCUAGAGGGAUGUUGUAGUCUAAAGAUUCUUCCUGAAAGCAUUGGCAAUGUAAAGUCUCUUGAAACUCUGAAUAUUUCUUGGUGUUCACAACUUGAGAAAUUGCCAGAACGCAUGGGUGAUCUGAAAUCCUUAACUAAGCUGCUAGCCGAUGGGAUUGAAAAUGAGCAAUUUCUCUCUUCAAUUGGACAAUUAAAGCAUGUCAGAAGUUUAUCAUUGCAUGGGAACAGUUCGGCUCCACCAAGUUCUUCUUUGAUUUCAGCAGGUGUUUUGAAUUGGAAACGAUGGCUGCCAACAUAUUUCGGAUGGAGAUCAGUGAAUCGUCUUGAGCUUUCUAAUAGUGGUUUGUCUGAUCGGGCAACUAACUAUGUUGAUUUCAGUGGUUUGUCAGCUCUAGAAGUAUUAGAUCUAACAGGAAACAAAUUCUCUAGCCUGCCUUUUGGGAUCGGCUUCCUUCCCAAGCUAUGGUGGUUGUCUGUUCAGGCAUGCAGAUAUCUUGAAUCAAUCCCAGAUCUUCCCUCAAGUUUAGGCAGAUUGGGUGCAUCUUAUUGCAAAUCAUUGAAAAGAGUAAGAAUACCAAUCAAGCCAAAAAAAGAACUAUAUAUAAGUCUAUGUGAUUGUAAUUUAUUAGAAGAGAUUCAGGGCAUCGAAGGUCUAAGUAAUAGUUUCUGGUAUAUUGGUGUUGAUGACCGCAGCCAUUCACCAAAUAAAUUACCGAAAAGCAUUGUUGAGGCAAUGUGCAACGGUGACCGGUAUUGUAUUUACGGCAUUCCUGGUGGUAACAUGCCAAAUUGGAUGAGCUACAGUGGAGAAGGAUGCUUACUGUCAUUCCAUAUACCUCCAGUCUUCCGAGGCUUACUUGUUUGGUUUGUCUAUCCACUCGAGGAGGAUGUUCACAUUAUUAUUAUUAUUAUUAUUAUUAUAAGAAAUAAAAGCAAUGGUAUUCAAUUGUUUGAAGAAAAACUAAUGGCAGAACCUGGGGGAUGGAUAAGAUACAUAAGGAGGAGUGAAAUGGCAAUGGAAGAUUACUGUGGAGAUGACGAAUUGGAACUAUACAUACAUACAGAGCCAAGAGGAGAUGCAGUGCGCAUCGUUAAAGAAUGUGGGGUUCAUGUGAUCGCAAAGAAGUCAGAUUCAUCUGAAGAGUCGGAAGUGGGAAGAGAUACAGUGAUGCCUUCACCGCCGCUGUAUCAUCUGCUUCCUCAUCCCCACUGUGGUUCCAUUACAGCGUCCACACCAAAGCAAUGGAGUGACUAUUUAUUUGCCAAGCUGCAAGAACAUAGCCUCAAUUUAAUACUUGAUGGAGACAUAUGACCUGGAUGAUUGUGAGAGCACAAAAUUAUUCUACAAAGAGAUGCUUGAAUUUACUCCAACUCAGUAUGGUAAUAACAAAGGCUGUAAGAUCUUGCUAUGUAUUAUUGCAUAGUUUUUAUUA